AUGGAUCCCGCGGAGCCGAACGCGGGGACGAACGCGGGCGCGCGCGUGGGGGGCGGGAGCGCGGCGGCGCCGCUGCGAUUGAAGUUUACGCUGAAGCGACCGACGACGACGACGAGCGAGAGCGCGAAGACGACGCGCGCGGAGGGGGGACGAGGUGAGAACGAGUCGAGGGUGAAGCGGGCGCGGAGCGAGAGUGGGUCGGGGGAGGAUGCGCGAAUCGCCGAGUUGCGCGCGAAGAUGGCGCGCCUGGAGGAGCUCGUUCGGGACGGCGGCGAGCGCGGCGCGGGCGGGGAGGCGAGAUCUUCGGGAGAUGGGACGACGGUAGGACGAGAGCGCGUCGGACACGCUGGGUUAAGUCGCGGCGUGGCGCCGCGAGCGGCAUUUUUCGAGCAGAUGGUGAUGGGAGGGGCGAACGCGAGGGACGAGGGCGAACGGCCGUCCACGAGCGCGAGAGGCGGAGAGGAGGAUUCGAGGACCGACGGCGCGCCCGUGGUCGGGGGACAGAACGUGUCGAUGGAUCCGCCAACGGUGAAGGAUGAACCGGCGGCGUCGAAGAAGAAGCUGGAUGACGCGCUGAAUAAGUUGCAAAAAUUGGAUAAGACGCACGUCUUCGCGUACCCAGUGACGGAGGAAAUUGCGCCGGGGUACUUUUCCAUCAUCACUCGACCGAUGGAUUUCUCCACGCUGCGCGCGAACGUAAAGAACGGUCACUACGCUGCGUUCUAUCCGUUUUGUGUGGACGUGGAGACGAUGUUUCGAAAUGCAUUGAGGUACAACCCGCCGGUGACGGAGAUACAUCAGCUCGCGGCAAACAUGUUGGAAAAAGCGCGAAGGAUGUUGAACAAGCUGCGAGGUUUGGCACCCAGCGCUGGAUUCAUCAAGCCGGCGAAAUUCAAGACGGCGUCAGAGGCGACGAAGUCGACCAGGGUGGCCAGUACGGCGACGCUCAGUGUUCCCAUGGACGUGGACAUGUUCUCUCCCGGCGUUGCCUCGCAACUCGCCGAGGACGAUGACGGUUCGAAUUACCUCAGCGUCGAGAGAGACUUCGAUGCGGGUUUGGAAUCCUUCUUAGAUGAUGCUUUCCAGAUGACGAAUAUGGCUUUUGACGCAGGCAUGGACGCGUUCGAUAUGCACCACGGCGCAACGAGUGACGGGGCAUUCGUGAGCAAACCGCAAGAGAUGACACCGAAGGCGACGGCAGCGACGAAGAGGCAGACGUUCAAGAUUCCGCUCACAUCGCAUCAUAUCAUGCGACUACCAGAAAUAUUCCUCGGCUACAGAACCGAAUCUAUCUUGACGAAGCAACGACUUAGGAAGAAUGGAAAUAUAUUUGUCUCGAGCAGUGGCAGUGCUACGUUGGACAUGUACUCUGCCUCUGUGAGGUCUUUCUUGUCCGCAGUGGACAAGGAUAAGUGGGACAACAUUCUGACGGAGAAGUGGAAGAAAUCAGCGGCACCACCGGAUCCCAAGAUGAUGGACGCGCCCGAGGUGACAACGUUUCAAUUGACACCGCUUGCCUCUCAAGCGAGCGAGCUCCCACCAUCGACAGGAACGCAACUCCCAGCGUCUAACGUCGCGCCCGCGAUCCUGCAACCGUCUCUCGAGGACUCUAUCAGUUUGUUGACUCUAGUGCGAGAAAAUCCCGACGAUCAUAUGCAUCCACCGCGCAUCAAGGCGGGUAUCGCUGGCAUGCGAGCCAUGCUGCGCGCCGGGGACGUCCUCCGUGGCGACGCAGAGCCCGAGGACGAAAAUCCGCUCGACAAACUUCCCCCGGGGGUCAUCCCAACGGGCCGGGAUAUGGUUUUCACCGUCACCGUUAUCGGGAAUACCAUUGCACACUCGCUGAGGAAACGAAACAUUGACGUCCGUCUCCCGCAGGCGCCUGCGCGUUAG